CCUCCAAGCCGCGUAUCUCUCUCCUCUCUCGAAUUCCCCAUUUUCUCUCUCUCUCUCUUUGUGAUUUUAUUUUCUUCUUUCUCGUCUUCGUUUCCUCCAGAUCAAUUGCAUUUUGAUUCAACGAAUGAUUGAAGAUGCUGGAGGAUCAGGUGGCCUCGCUCUUGCAGAGGUAUUUGGGGGACUAUGUCAUAGGUCUCAACAAAGAAGCUCUCAAAAUCAGUGUCUGGCAAGGAGAUGUAGAGCUCACAAAUAUGCAGUUGAAGCCGGAGGCACUCAAUGCAUUGAAAUUGCCAGUAAAGGUUAAGGCAGGAUUUCUUGGAUCAGUGAAGCUUAAGGUUCCAUGGAGCAGGCUUGGCCAAGAUCCAGUUUUAGUUUACCUGGAUCGGAUUUUUUUAUUAGCUGAACCCGCAACUCAAGUUGAAGGAUUUACAGAAGAUGCUAUUCAGGAAGCUAAAAGAAGCCGAGUGCGGGAAAUGGAAACAAGGCUAUUGGAGAGGACACGUCAAUUAAAGUCAGAGAUGAAUAAAUCAUGGCUGGGAUCCUUGGUCGAUACUAUAAUUGGAAACCUGAAGCUUUCUAUUUCGAACAUUCACAUCAGAUAUGAGGAUCUUGAGAGCAAUCCUGGUCACCCAUUUGCAGCUGGUGUAACCUUGGAGAAACUUUCAGCCGUUACAAUUGAUGAUAGUGGGAAGGAAACUUUUGUUACAGGAGGUGCACUGGAGUGUAUUCAGAAGUCUGUGGAACUUGAACGACUUGCUUGUUAUUUGGAUUCUGAUAUUUAUCCGUGGCAUGUUGACAAACCGUGGGAGGAUUUGCUUCCUUGGGAAUGGGUUCAGGUUUUCAAAUUUGGUACUAAGGAUGGAAAACCAGCUGAUCAUGUGAUAAAAAAGCACACCUACAUUCUGCAACCCAUUACUGGGAAUGCGAAGUACUCAAAACUGCGGUCCAGUGAAUCUGCUAACAGAGGUCAACCAUUACAGAAAGCAUCAGUGAAUUUGGAUGAUGUGACACUCUGUUUGCCAAAGGAUGGCUAUAGGGAUAUUUUAAAAUUAGCUGAUAACUUUGCUUCUUUUAACCAACGCUUGAAAAAUGCUCAUUACCGGCCACUCGUGUUGGUGAAAUCUGAUCCAAGGUCCUGGUGGAAGUAUGCCUAUAGAGCUGUUUCUGAUCAAAUGAAGAAGGCAAGUGGCAGAUUGUCAUGGGAGCAGGUCCUGAAGUAUGCAUACUUACGUAAGAAAUAUAUAUCUCUUUAUGCUUCGCUUCUCAAAUCUGAUCUAAGUCGGGCCAUAGUUGAUGAUAACAAAGACAUUGAGGAAAUAGAUCGUGGACUUGAUAUUGAACUAAUACUUCAGUGGAGGAUGUUGGCUCACAAGUUUGUGGAGCAGUCAGCAGAAUCGAGCCUAUACUUGAGAAAACAAAAAGAAAAGAAAUCAUGGUGGUCAUUUGGAUGGAGUGGUCAAUCCCUUAAGGACGAAAAUGAAAGUGAACCAUUGCGUUUCAGUGAGGAAGACUGGGAACAAUUAAACAAAAUCAUAGGAUACAGGGAAGGGGAAGAUGGGCAGUCUCUGAUAACCCAUGACCAAGGUGAUGUUCUUCAUACUUCCUUGGAGGUUCACAUGAACCAUAAUGCUUCAAAGCUUAUGGGUGAUGCUCAGGAGUGUCUCGCUGAGUUGUCCUGUGAAAGCCUUGAUUGUUCCAUAAGGCUCUAUUCAGAGGCAAAAGUUUUUGACAUGAAAUUGGGAUCAUAUCGGUUGUCAUCACCAAAUGGUCUCCUUGCUGAGAGUGCAACUGCUUAUGAUUCUUUGGUUGGUGUCUUCCGCUAUAAGCCUUUUGAUGCUAAAGUGGACUGGAGCAUUGUUGCUAAAGCUUCUCCUUGUUACAUGACUUAUCUAAAGGAGUCAAUUGAUCAAAUUAUCGAUUUCUUUGGAAGCAAUACUGCUGUUAGUCAGACUAUAGCUGUGGAAACUGCAGCGGCGGUACAGAUGACAAUUGAUGGUGUUAAGCGCACUGCUCAGCAACAAGUGAAUAAAGCAUUGAAGGAUCAUUCCAGGUUUUUGUUGGAUUUGGAUAUUGCAGCUCCUAAGAUCAUUAUUCCUACCGAUUUCCGUCCGGACAACAAUAAUUCAACAAAACUUUUCCUUGACUUGGGAAAUCUGGUGAUUCGGACAGAGGAUGAUUCUGAAUGGGGUUCACCCGAGGAGAUGUACAUGUACUUACAAUUCAAUUUGGUUUUGAGUGAUGUAUCUGCUUGCUUGGUGGAUGGCGACUACCUUUGGAGUCAAACACAUUUAAACAGUGUUGAUGACUCUUCUCACUUAAGUGGUGUUACUUUCUGGCCUGUUAUUGAUAAGUGUGGGGUAAUCCUAAAGCUUCAACAGAUCCGACUAGAGAACCCAUCCUACCCUUCAACAAGACUUGCUGUGCGAAUGCCAUCAUUAGGAUUCCAUUUUUCACCAGCUCGGUAUCAUCGAUUGAUGCAAGUAGCAAAGAUCUUUGAGGAGGAAGAUGGCAAGAAGUCAGAUCUUCUUCGCCCUUGGAAUCAAGCUGAUUUUGAGGGGUGGUUGUCUCAUCUUAUAUGGAAGGGUGUGGGAAAUAGGGAAGCUGUAUGGCAGCGGAGGUACUUCUGUCUUGUUGGGCCUUUUCUUUAUGCCCUUGAAAGCCCUGGCUCUAAAUCCUACAAGCACUAUAUCAGCUUACGAGGAAAACAACUAUAUCUUGUUCCUCCAGAGUUUGUUGGUAAUGUGGAACAUGUAUUGGCUAUUUGUGAUGCGGCACGAUCCAAUAGCAAGGUUGUGGAAGAUGCAAAUGCCCUAAUACUACGUUGUGAUUCUGAUGAUUCAAGGAAAACUUGGCAAAGUCGCUUACAGGGGGCUAUUUAUCGUGCAUCGGGUUCUGCGCCUAUCACAAGUCUAUCGGAAACUUCAUCAGAUCCUGAAGACUCAGACAUUGACAACAAUAAUGUAAUGGAUAUGUCAAUGAUAGAGAGUGUUUUUAUCACUGGAGUUCUUGAUGAACUAAAAGUCUGCUUUAAUUAUAAUUCUCUGCAUGAUCAAAAUUACGUGGAGGUACUUCUAGCUGAAGAGAGCCGUUUAUUUGAAUUCCGAGCAAUAGGUGGUCAGGUGGAGCUUUCAAUUAGAGCAAAUGACAUGUUCAUUGGAACCCUUCUGAAAUCUUUGGAGAUUGAAGAUUUAGUUUGUGGCAAGGGAGUGUCUCAGCCUUGUUAUCUGGCAAGAUCAUUCAUCGGGAGCGUAGAUGUGCCUUCAUCAUUUGAAGAUGCUGGAAAUCCAAGUUAUGACAACAAUGGUUUGACUCAAAAUGAAGGAGAUGAUAAAUUCUUUGAAGCACCAGAGGAUCUGAUUGAUUUUGUUGAUUGUCCAAUGCAGUCUUCGGGGGGCAAACACCUAAGUUCUCAAAGUCAAAACUCAUUUCCACCUGAAAAACCAUUGUUAAAGCCCCCUAGUUUUAGUCGUGUUGCUGGUCUACUUCCUGCUGAGGCCCUUCAAACUAGGAGGGACAUAGAUCUUACUGACGCAUUAGAUAGUUUUGUGAAAGCUCAAAUAAUUAUUUAUGACCGGAACACUCCUUUGUAUAAUAAUGUUGAUAAGCAGGUAAUUGUGACACUUGCUACAUUGUCAUUUUUCUGUCGUAGACCAACGGUUCUUGCCAUCAUGGAAUUUGUUGAUGCUAUUAACGCUAAGGAUGAAGCAUGUGAAUCUUUUAGUGACAAUUCCCCUAUUGUGCAAAGAGGAGUCUUGGAGGAGGAGAUGGAUGAUAAUCAAUUGAUGGUUGAGGAGCCUGUUGUCAAAGGUUUGCUAGGAAAGGGGAAAUCCAGAAUCAUUUUCUAUUUAACAUUGAAUAUGGCUCGUGCUCAGAUCCUGUUGAUGAAUGAAAAUGAAACUAAGCUAGCUAGUCUGUCACAGGAUAAUCUGCUUACCGAUAUUAAGGUGUUUCCAUCAUCUUUUAGUAUAAAGGCAGCUCUCGGAAAUGUAAGGAUCAGUGAUGACAGUCUUCAUAGCAGCCAUAUUUUUUUCUGGAUUUGUGAUAUGAGAAAUCCUGGGGGGAGUUCGUUUGUUGAGUUGGUCUUUAGUUCAUUCAGUGCUGAUGAUGAAGAUUAUGAGGGUUAUGAUUAUAGCCUAUUUGGACAGCUUUCAGAAGUGCGUCUUGUCUAUUUGAAUCGUUUUGUCCAGGAGGUUGUUAGUUACUUUGUGGGUCUUGUUCCCAACAAUUCAAAGGGUGUCGUGAAAUUAAGAGAUCAAGUAACAAAUUCAGAGAAGUGGUUUACUACAAGUGAGAUUGAAGGUUCACCCGCUGUGAAGUUGGAUCUUUCACUUAGAAAGCCUAUAAUAUUAAUGCCUCGGAGAACAGACAGCCUUGAUUACUUGAAGCUUGAUGUCGUUCAUAUAACCAUCCAGAACACCUUUCAAUGGUUUCAUGGCAGUAAAAACGAAAUUAAUGCUGUUCAUUUGGAAAUUUUGACAGUUCUGGUUGAGGACAUCAAUUUAAAUGUUGGUACUGGCAAAGAAUUAGGUGAAAGUAUAAUACAAGAUGUGAAAGGGGUUUCUGUUGUGAUCCGGAGGUCUCUUCGAGACCUGUUGCAUCAGAUACCAAGUACUGAAGCUGUCAUUAAGAUAGAGGAACUGAAAGCUGCUCUAUCAAACAGAGAAUACCAGAUAAUUACUGAAUGUGCAUCGUCUAAUGUCUCGGAGACCCCAAAUAUUGUGCCCCCACUGAAUAAUGAUUCUGUGACACCUUCAGUUGAUGCAGCUGAACCUCUAGCUUCUCAGGAUCCUGAUGCUGCUGAAAAUGGAACUCAAAAUGGAGAGAGCUGGAUUGCUUUGAAAGUUUCUGUCUUUGUUAAUCUCGUUGAGUUAUGCUUACAUGCAGGGAUAGCAAGAGAUACGUCUCUGGCCACUGUGCAGGUUAGUGGUGCAUGGCUUCUUUACAAAUCUAACACACUAGGAGAUGGUUUGCUUUCAGCAACACUCAAGGGUUUCACUGUGCUUGAUGAUCGUGUUGGAACUGAGCAAGAAUUUAGGCUGGCAAUAGGAAAGCCAGAGAGCAUUGGGUGUAAUCCCCUUUAUUCUGUGACUGAUGAUGGAAACCGGUACAUGGUCACAGCAAGUGUUUCAAAAGACAACAGUGUUCAACCAGUUCCUACAAUGCUUAUUCUUGAUGCCAAGUUUAGUAAAUUGUCAACAUCUGUUUCUUUAUGCGUCCAAAGGCCACAGUUGCUUGUUGCCCUUGAUUUUCUUCUGGCCAUUGUAGAGUUUUUUGUUCCUACAGUUGGUGGUAUGCUGUCCAACGAAGAAGAUGAUAAUUCCUUACUUAUGGUUGAUGCUAUCAUUUUGGAUCAGCCAAUCUACAAUCAACCUUUAGCUGAAAUGUCACUAUCUCCUCAGAGACCUUUCAUUGUUGAUAAUGAAAGAUUUGAUCAUUUUAUUUAUGAUGGUAAAGGAGGAAUACUGCAUUUACAGGACAGAAAAGGAUUCAAUCUUUCUACUCCUAGCACAGAACCUAUAAUCUAUGUUGGAAAUGGAAAAAGAUUGCAGUUCAAAAACAUUGUUAUUAAGAAUGGACUGUAUCUGGAUUCUUGUAUUUUACUGGGAGCCAAUAGUAGCUACUCAGCUUCAGAGGAUGAUCAGGUCUAUUUGGAGGGAGGGGAUGAAGGUUCUCAAUUGAACUCAAAUGGGGAAAGUAUUAACAGAAGACCAAAUCAAGGUGUUGGUGUUGAUAGGUCCACUGAGUUUAUCAUUGAGUUACAGGCUAUUGGACCAGAGCUUACAUUUUACAAUGCAUCAAAAGAUGUGGGGGUAUCACCUUUCCUGUCAAACAAACUUUUGCAUGCUCAAUUGGAUGCAUUCUGCAGGCUUGUUUUGAAGGGCAAUACUGUCGAAAUGAGUGCAAAUGCACUUGGAUUAACAAUGGAGAGCAAUGGAAUCAGAAUUUUAGAGCCUUUCGACACCUCCAUAAAGUUUUCAAAUGUUUCUGGAAAGACCAACAUGCAUUUAGCUGUUUCAGACAUAUUCAUGAAUUUUUCAUUCAGUACCUUGAGACUGUUCUUAGCGGUUGAGGAGGAUAUUUUAGCGUUUCUAAGAAUGACAUCAAAGAAGAUGACAGAGGUCUGCUUACAGUUCGACAAAGUUGGAACAAUUGAAAGUAGGGAUCAAACUUAUGCCCUUUGGAGACCUCGUGCACCACCUGGUUUUGCUGUUUUUGGUGACUACCUCACACCAUUGGACAAGCCACCUACAAAAGGAGUUGUAGCUGUAAAUACCAGCUUUGCAAAAGUGAAAAGACCUGUAUCUUUCAAGCUAAUAUGGCCACCUUCAGCUUCUGAAGAAAUUUCUGGUUCCCUUGGCAUUGACAAUGUAAUGCCAAAUCCUGUGCUUGGAGAAGGAGAGAGUAACUGCUCCAUUUGGUUCCCUGAAGCACCUGAUGGUUAUGUUGCAUUGGGGUGUGUGGUUUCCCCUGGAAGGACACGGCCCCCGCUAUCUUCUGCUUUCUGCAUCCUGGCUUCUUUAGUUUCUCCCUGUGCGUUGAGAGAUUGUAUCACUAUUGGCUCAGGCAAUAUGUCCCAUUCAAGAUUGGCAUUCUGGCGUGUGGAUAACUCUGUUCGUACUUUCAUACCAAUGGAUGCCUCUCAUUUGCAUUUAACAGUUAGAGCAUAUGAACUUCGCCAUUUUUUCUUUAGGCUUCCAGAAGUCUCUCCAAAAGCAUCUAAAAGUUCAGACCAAGCCUCUCCUUCUGGUGAAGUUCAUGCUCUACAAUCAGAAAGGCCAGCAGCGGCAAGCUCUGGUUGCCAUUUAGAGGCUAUUGCUAGUUUUCAUUUGAUAUGGUGGAAUCAAAACUCAAGCUCAAGAAAGAAACUAUCGAUAUGGCGUCCAGUGGUCCCUCGAGGGAUGGUAUAUUUUGGAGAUAUCGCUGUUCAAGGGUAUGAGCCUCCGAAUACCUGCAUUGUUGUCCAUGAUACUGGAGAUGACGAACUUUUCAAAGCCCCUCUUGAUUUUCAACUUGUUGGUCAGAUCAAGAAACAAAGGGGGAUGGAGAGUAUUUCUUUUUGGCUGCCUCAAGCUCCACCUGGCUUUGUUUCCCUGGGUUGUAUUGCAUGCAAGGGCACACCCAAGCCAAAUGAUUUCAGCUCAUUAAGGUGCAUAAGAAGUGAUAUGGUUACAGGAGAUCAAUUUUUGGAAGAAAGUGUAUGGGAUACAUCUGAUGCCAAGCAUACAAAAGAACCAUUUAGCAUUUGGGCAGUUGGUAAUGACUUAGGGACCUUUGUUGUUCGCAGUGGUUUCAAAAAACCUCCCAAAAGGUUUGCUCUGAAACUUGCAGAUCCAAACAUACCAAGUGGUUCAGAUGAUACUGUCAUUGAUGCAGAAAUUAGUACCUUCUCAGCGGUACUUUUUGAUGAUUAUGGUGGCCUGAUGAUUCCAUUGUUCAACAUAUCUUUAAGUGGAAUUGGGUUUAGUUUGCAUGGAAAACCUGACUACUUGAAUUCCACUGUUAGCUUCUCUUUGGCAGCCAGGUCAUAUAAUGAUAAGUAUGAGACUUGGGAGCCUCUUGUAGAGCCAGUUGAUGGAUCCUUAAGAUACAAGUAUGAUCUCAAUGCCCCAAGUGCUGCUUCUCAGUUGCGCCUUACCUCUACAAGGGAUUUGAAAUUGAAUGUUUCAGUCUCUAAUGUGAAUAUGAUUCUUCAAGCUUAUGCCAGUUGGAGCAAUCUUAGUCAAGUCCAUGAAUUGUAUAGAAAAGGAACAGCAGUUUCUCCAACUGAUGAUGGAAUAUCUGUCAUUGAUGUUCACCAUAAGAGAAAUUAUUAUAUUAUCCCUCAAAACAAACUUGGUCAAGAUAUUUUUAUUCGAGCUGCUGAACUCAGGGGACUUUCAAACAUAAUUCGGAUGCCCUCUGGGGAUAUGAAGCCUGUAAAAGUUCCUGUUUCAAAAAAUAUGUUGGACUCUCACUUGAAAGGAAAAGUUUGCAGAAAACCUAGAACAAUGGUGACCAUCAUUAUCACAGAAGCCCAGUUCCCAAGAGUUGAAGGGCUGUCCUCUCAUCAGUAUACUGUAGCAGUUCAUCUUGCACCAGACCAGUGCAUUCCUAGUGGAUCACUGCUGCACCAACAAAGUGCACGGACAUGCGGAAGCAGCCCAGACCACUCCUCAGAUUCUAUGCUCGAAACAGUUAAUUGGAAUGAAGUUUUUUUCUUCAAAAUUGAUUCCCUGGAUUAUUACACGGUGGAAUUAAUACUGACUGACAUGGGAACAGGUGAUCCUAUUGGAUUCUUUUCAGCUCCUUUGAAGCAGAUAGCUGGAAAUAUUCAGGAGACAUUAUAUUCUGAUGAUUAUUUAAAUGAAUUGACCUGGAUGGAGUUAUAUGCAGCAGAAUUUAUGAGAUCAACUCAAACAGAUAAAAGUAAGAGCACAUGUGGCAGAAUAAGAUGUGCCAUCCUUUUGUCACCCAUGUCUGAAGUUGAAAAGAGCGAGCAAUCUUUUGGUGGCAGAAACUCUGGAUUUAUUCAAAUCAGUCCUUCAAGGGAAGGGCCAUGGACGAGUGUGAGGCUAAACUAUGCUGCACGUGCUGCUUGUUGGCGCUUAGGCAAUGAUGUUGUUGCUAGUGAAGUAAGUGUGAACGAUGGCAACAUAUAUGUCACUAUUAGGCCUCUGGUUUCAGUGUGUAACAAAACAGAUUUUGUACUUGACUUGUGCCUCUACCCCAAGGCUCCUAGUGAAAGCAUGAGACAAUUAAAUGAUGCAAUGAAGUCCAAAGGGAUACAAAUUGAUGGUAACAGACUAGAAACAGAUGAGUUUUUUGAAACAGAAAAGUACAACCCAACCACUGGCUGGGUUCCUUGUUUGGUUCAACCAAACCAAGAUCGGUCGGGUGCUGAAGGAUCUCAUCAGGCAAUUUCUGGAGUUGAGUUGCCAUCAGGUUGGGAAUGGAUUGGUGAUUGGAAAUUAGACAAGACAUCUGUUAACACGGCUGAUGGGUGGGUUUAUGCUCCAAACCUUGAAAGUCUGAAAUGGCCUGAGUCAUAUAAUCCUAUAAAGUUUGUGAACCAUGCAAGGCAAAGGAGAUGGGUCCGGAAAAGGAAAUGGAUUUCAGGUGAUGUAAAGCAGCAGAUAUCUGUUGGAUUACUGAAGCCUGGAGACACUGUUCCCCUACCUCUGUCAGGCUUGACACAAUCUGGAUUGUAUUAUUUGCAAUUGAGACCUUCAAAUCUUAAUAACCCUGAUGAAUAUUCCUGGAGUUCAGUGGCAGGCCGGCCUGGUCGACCAGAGGAUUCUGGUACACCUAAAGAAUAUUCUGAAAUAUGUGUUUCAACUCUUACUGAAUCAGAUGAGCUCUUGUGCUGCCCUCCAUUAAAUGGAACCUCCUCAAAUAGUCCUCGUGGCUUGUGGUUUUGCUUGGGCAUACAAGCGACAGAGAUUGCAAAAGACAUUCGCUCUGAUCCUAUUCAAGAUUGGACUCUUGUGGUCAAAUCACCACUGUCAAUAACCAAUUUCCUUCCCAUGGCAGCAGAAUUUUCUGUUUUUGAAAUGCAAGCAAGUGGACAUUAUAUUGCAUGCUCCAGAGGAAUAUUUGGCCCAGGAAAAACUGUAAGAGUUUAUGAUGCUGACAUUAGAAAUCCCUUGUACUUUUCACUGUUUCCACAAAGAGGAUGGCUGCCAAUACAAGAAGCCAUUCUUAUAUCCCAUCCUAGCAGAGCUCCAUGUAAAACAAUGCGCUUAAGAAGUUCAAUUUCUGGAAGGAUUGUUCAAAUCAUUGUAGAACAAAACCAUGAAAAGGAGCAAUCGCUUCUGGAGAAAAUCGUUAGAGUGUACGCUCCUUAUUGGUUCGCAAUUGCUAGGUGUCCCCCACUCACGUUGAGGCUUUUAGAUUUAACAGGGAGAAGACAAGAAUGGAAGAGUUCUCUCCCAUUUCACUCAAAAAAGAAUAAUGAAGUGAUUUUUGAGGAAAUAACUGAAGAGGAAAUAUUCGAAGGCUAUACAAUUGCUUCUGCAUUGAACUUUAAAUUGUUGGGCCUAUCAGUGUCCAUUACUCAAUCUGGCGCGGAGCAGUUUGGACCUGUUCAAGAUCUUUCACCACUUGGUGACACGGAUGCUUCAUUGGAUCUUAAUGCUUAUGAUGUUGAUGGCAAGUGCAUGCGACUCUUUAUCUCCUCAAAACCUUGCCUUUAUCAGUCUGUUCCUACAAAGGUAAUUAAUAUCCGACCAUUCAUGACAUUUACAAAUAGACUUGGUGAAGACAUUUUUAUUAAGUUCAGCAGUGAAGAUGAUCCAAAGAUGCUACAUCCAACUGAUUCAAGAAUACCAUUUAUAUAUCGUGAAACAGGUGGACCUGAUAAACUCCAGAUCCGACUAGAAGAUACAGAAUGGUCAUUUCCUGUGCAAAUUGUAAAAGAGGACUCCAUCUCUUUGGUUUUAAGGAGACGUGAUGGUACUCGGAGAUUUUUAAAGACAGAAAUUCGGGGUUAUGAAGAAGGAUCUCGCUUUAUAGUUGUAUUCCGCCUUGGAUCAAUAAAUGGCCCUGUCAGGAUUGAGAACAGAUCUGUCAGCAAGACAAUUAGCAUUUGCCAGUCUGGAUUUGGUGAUGAUGCCUCGAUACUGUUGGAGCCUCUUUCAACAACAAAUUUUUCUUGGGAGGAUCCAUAUGGCCUAAAAGUUAUUGAUGCUAAAGUCCACUGUGACAAUAUUAUUGCAGUUUAUAAAUUCAAUCUGGAGAGUACUGGAGAAUGUUCUGUCGGGGAGGGGCCACUAAGAUUGAAAUUCCAUGUUGUAGAAAUGGGUGAUAUCAAGGUUGCUAGGUUCACAGAUGACUGGACAUUAGGGUCAAGUUCCCAUGAAGAAAUUAGGUUUCUGACACCUGCUGGAAAUUGGGGAAACUCACAUAUGCAGAGCAGGAUGCAGAACAAUGUGGCACCUGUAGAGCUUAUAAUCGAGUUGGGAGUUUUUGGGAUUUCUAUUAUAGACCACAGACCAAAAGAGCUCUUAUACUUGUACUUGGAGAGCGUGUCCAUAUCAUAUUCUACUGGCUAUGAUGGGGGAACUACAAACAGGUUCAAGCUCAUAUUCGGGCAUUUGCAGCUCGACAAUCAGCUUCCUCUAACAUUGAUGCCUGUCCUGUUGGCACCUGAGCAGCCUGUUGAUGUGCAUCAUCCAGUGUUCAAGAUGACUGUUACAAUGUGCAAUGAGAACACUGAUGGUAUCCAGGUCUAUCCAUACGUUUAUAUACGGGUAACAGAGAAGUGUUGGAGGCUUAGUAUUCAUGAACCAAUUAUUUGGUCGUUGGUGGAUUUCUACAAUAAUCUUCAGAUAGAUCGUGUCCCCCGAAGUUCUAAUGUUACAGAAGUUGAUCCAGAGAUACGCGUGGACCUAAUAGAUGUUUCGGAAAUAAGGCUGAAGGUGUCUUUGGAGACAGCACCAACUCAAAGACCACAUGGGGUUCUAGGGAUGUGGAGCCCUAUUCUUUCAGCUGUGGGAAAUGCAUUCAAAAUUCAGGUGCAUUUAAGGAAAGUGAUGCACAGAGACAGAUUCAUGCGGAAAAGUUCUGUCAUUCCUGCCAUUGGAAACCGCAUUUGGAGAGAUCUUAUCCAUAAUCCUUUACAUUUGAUAUUUUCUGUAGAUGUACUUGGUGCAGCAAGCUCAACGUUGGCUUCUCUUAGUAAAGGGUUUGCUGAGCUCUCAACAGAUGGACAGUUUCUACAAUUACGUUCAAAGCAGGUAUGGUCAAGGAGAAUUACUGGGGUGGGUGAUGGAAUUAUCCAAGGAACAGAAGCUCUUGCACAAGGUGUUGCGUUUGGAGUAUCUGGAGUAGUGACAAAGCCUGUGGAGAGUGCAAGACAGAAUGGCCUCCUAGGACUUGCUAAUGGUCUUGGACGAGGUUUCCUGGGAUUCAUUGUACAGCCAGUUAGUGGAGCUUUAGAUUUUUUCUCAUUGACUGUUGAUGGAAUUGGUGCAAGUUGUUCCAGAUGCUUAGAGGCUUUGAAUAACAAGACCACCUUCCAGAGAAUCAGAAACCCCCGGGCUAUUCGUGCUGAUGGUGUUCUUAGGGAGUAUUCUGAGAGAGAAGCUGUUGGACAGAUGGUACUUUACCUUGCAGAAGCAAGCCGCCAUUUUGGCUGUACUGAAAUAUUCAAGGAGCCCUCAAAAUUUGCCUGGUCUGAUUACUAUGAAGACCACUUUUCCGUGCCUUACCAAAGAAUUGUUUUAAUAACCAAUAAGCGAGUCAUGCUGCUGCAGUGUCUGGCUCCAGAUAAGAUGGAUAAGAAACCUUGCAAGAUUAUUUGGGAUGUCCCCUGGGAAGAACUCAUGGCAGUGGAGUUGGCAAAAGCAGGCUCUCCUAGACCCUCUCACUUAAUUCUCCACCUCAGAAAUUUUAAGAGAUCAGAAAACUUUGCUCGAGUCAUUAAGUGCACUGUUGAAGAAGAAUCAAGUGAAGGGGAACCUCAAGCUGUUAGGAUCUCUUCAGUAGUGCGUAAGAUGUGGAAAGCAUUCCAGUCUGACAUGAAAAGUCUGAUUUUAAAGGUUCCUUCAAGCCAGAGACAUGUGUAUUUUGCUUGGAGUGAAUCGCAUGGAAAAGACCCAUAUAUGCAGAAUAAAUCCAUUAUUCAGUCAAGAGAGCUCUCUUCAUUUUGUUCCACAUCUGAUGAAAGAAGAUUUGUUAAACAUAGUAUCAACUUUUUGAAGAUCUGGAGCAGCGAACAAAACUCAAAAGGUCGAUGCACGCUGUGCAGGAUGCAGAUUUCAGAAGAUGGUGGAAUCUGCAGCAUUUGGAGACCAGUCUGCCCUGACGGGUAUGUCUCUAUUGGGGAUGUUGCUCGUGUUGGCUGCCACCCUCCAAAUGUCGCUGCUGUUUAUCAUAAUGUUGGCAAACGAUUUGCCCUUCCAGUGGGUUAUGACCUGGUGUGGAGAAACUGCCCAGAUGACUACAUAAACCCAGUGUCAAUUUGGUAUCCAAGGGCUCCAGAAGGAUUUGUUUCUCUUGGAUGUGUUGUUGUGGCAGAUUUCAUUGAACCGGAACCCAGUUUAGCAUAUUGUGUUGCAGAAUCCCUUGCUGAGGAAACUGUAUUUGAAGAACAAAAGGUAUGGUCUGCACCUGAUUCAUACCCAUGGGCAUGUCAUAUUUAUCAAGUCCAAAGUGAUGCUCUCCAUCUUGUGGCGCUAAGACAGCCUCAAGAAGAAUCUGAAUGGAAGCCCAUGAGGGUUGUUGAUGACUCCCAGCAACCUCUGCAACCUUCAGAAGCUGAAUAAAGACUAUGUUGCUAUUGCAGUGGACUCUCGGUUUGGUUGUAGAUGAGAGGUCUUUAUCCAAGAUUGAUUUGAUCUUCUCUUGGGCCUGCAGAAGCAUCGCAGCUCUAUGUAGUGCCUUUGGCUUUGAUCUCUCUUGGACUCGAUACAAGCAAAACAGUAGCUAUGUGUAAUUUUUGCAUCUGGAACAAUUCGUCUGAUUCCCCAAAAUCAUGGGAAUCAUUUUCUACAACUUCAUGUGCAUGAAAUUUGUCAGCUGUGAGUGUCUUGUGCAUAAAAUUACACACUUGUAAUUUGUAUACAACAGUUGGGAGAGAGUGAUUUUAAAGAAAAUCGAAGCAAGCAUCUUUUAUGGAGCUGGUUUCAUCAAGUUUGGUCGAACUGUGCAUCUGUCCAGAGUAUUACUGUAAUGGAUAUACAACAAUUGUGAGGUACAGGAAUAAUAAUUUUGAGGAAAUAAAAAGAAUAUAUGUUUGAACA